CUCGUUGCGCCCAGUGCGGCUGCGCGGGAGAUUCAAAUCCGCGGCGGCUCGUCGCUGGGGCCGCGGAGUUGCUGCUGGCCUGCGUCCUCUCGCCAUGGAUAACCCGGAAAAUGUCUUUCAAAUGUUUGAAGCCCAUAUGCAGAGCUACAAGGGCGAUGACCCACUUGGUGAAUGGGAAAGUUACAUGCAGUGGGUAGAAGAGAAUUUUCCUGAGAAUAAGGAAUACUUGACAACUUUAUUAGAACAUUUAAUGAAGGAGUUUUUGGAUAAGAAGAAAUACCACAAUGACCCAAGAUUCAUCAAUUAUUGUUUAAAAUUUGCUGAGUACAACAGUGAUCUUCAUCAGUUCUUUGAGUUUCUGUACAACCAUGGGAUCGGGACCAUGUCAUCUCCUCUCUAUGUAGCCUGGGCAGGGCAUCUGGAAGGUCAGGGAGAGCUGCAGCAUGCCAGUGCUGUGUUUCGAAGAGGACUUCAAAACCAGGCCGAACCAAGAGAGCUGCUGCAACAACACUACAGGUUAUUUCAGGCACGCCUCACCGAAACGCAUUUGCCAACUCAAGUAAGAACCUCAGAACCUCUGCAUAAUACUCAGAUUUUAAACCAAAUGAUGACAUCAAAAUCAAAUCCAGGAAAUAACUCAGCCUGCAUUUCUAAGAAUCAGGGUUCAGAAGUUUCUGGGGUAAUGUCUUCAGCUUGUGAUAAAGAGUCAAAAAAGGAACAAAGGGUGAUCCUGAUUUCUAAAUCAGGUUAUUCUGCACAAGCAUCUGCAGCAGCCAGAACUGAUGUUCAGCAGGUUGUUAUGUAUUGCAAGGAGAAGCUUAUUCGUGGAGAAUCAGAAUUUUCCUUUGAAGAGCUGAGAGCCCAGAAAUACAAUCAACGGAGAAAACAUGAACAGUGGGUAAAUGAAGACAGACAUUAUAUGAAAAGAAAAGAAGCAAAUGCUUUUGAAGAACAACUGUUAAAACAGAAAAUGGAUGAACUUCAUAAGAAAUUGUAUCAGGUGGUGGAGACUUCCCAGGAGAAUCUGCCUGAGUUCCAGGAAAGGUCUGAGGUUAAUCCAGCAUCUAUGGGGCCAAGCGUAAGCUCCCAGCAGGAACUGAGAGUUCCGUCUCUUCCAGCCAUCAAUCAUGAGACCUCAAAGAACAUAGGAGAGAAACCCAGAGAGGCGACUCCUGUUAUUCCUCCUAUGGCAAAUGCUGUCACUGCUGCUUUCGUGUCCCCAGCCAUCAGCCAGAGUCUGUUUCCUCCUGUUCCUUUGCCAGCUCAACCAGUGACAGACUCCAUGUUUACAGAGGCCAGAAAAGAUGCCAGAUGUGUGACUAAAAGUACUCAUGAGUUCAAGCCACAGAGUGGAGCAGAGAUAAAAGAAGGGUCUGAAACACAUAAGGUUGUUAACGCAGGUUCUUUUCAUACAACUCCAAACACGUCGCUGGGAACGGUUCAGGCGACCCCAUCCAGGGUGCAGCCAUCACCCACCGUACACACAAAAGAAGCAUUAGGUUUCAUCAUGAAUAUGUUUCAGGCUCCUACACUUCCUGAUAUUUCUGAUGACAAGGAUGAAUGGCCAUCUCUAGAUCAAAAUGAAGAUGCAUUUGAGGCCCAGUUUCAAAAAAAUGCAAGUUCUUCUGGGGCUUGGGGAGUCAAUAAGAUCAUCUCCUCUUUGUCAUCUGCUUUUCCUGUGUUUGAAGAUGGAAACAAAGAAAAUUAUGGAUUACCACAGCCUAAAAAUAAACCCGCAGGAGCCAGGACCUUUGGAGAACGCUCUGUAAGCAGAUUUCUUUCAAAACCCAAUGAAGUACCUCACACUGAAGAGUUUUCCGAUGACUCAACUGUCUGGGGUGUCCGCUGCAACAAAACCCUGGCACCCAGUCCGAAGAGCCCUGGACACUUCACAGCUGCCGCACAGCUUGCAUCCACACCUUUCCACAGACCACCAACAGAUUUAGUACCUGCUCUGGAGGAUAAAGAAAAUGUGGCAGCAAGAGAGUGUACCCAUGUGACUUUGGAUUCUCGUGAAGAAAACGUAGAACCCUCAAAAGAGAGAAAGUUCAGUCCAAUUCAAGAGAAAAGCCUAGAGCCAGCAUUCCCUACAGCUGUAUCUUCGGCAUCCCUGCUCCAUGUGAGCCAGCCUGCUGCAGGUGGCAUGCUGACGAGUGAGGUAGCACAGAGUCUUGAGGCUUGUAAACUCACAGACCCUAACCUCGCCAUUGCAGAAGAUCCACCAGAUGCCAGCGCUGGGCACCAAGCAGAACGGAUGCAGACUAGUUCACUUGAGAAUGUCUAUGCUCCAAACUUUACUGUUGAGAAUCCAUGGGAUGAUGAGUUGAUUCUCAAACUUUUAUCUGGGCUUUCUAAACCAGUGAGAUCCUAUCCAAAUACUUAUGAAUGGCAGUGUAAACUUCCAGCCAUCAAGCCCAAGACUGAGUUUCAACUGGGUUCCUUGCUGGUCUAUGUCGAUCACCUUCUUGGAGAAGGGGCCUUUGCCCAAGUCUAUGAAGUUACCCAUGGAGAGGUGAAUGAUACCAAAAAUAAACAGAAAUUUGUUUUAAAGGUCCAGAAGCCCGCCAACCCCUGGGAGUUCUACAUUGGGACCCAGCUGAUGGAGAGAUUAAAGCCGAGCAUGCGACACAUGUUCAUCAAAUUCUAUUCUGCCCACUUAUUCCAGAAUGGCAGUGUGUUAGUAGGAGAUCUCUACAGCUAUGGCACGUUGCUAAAUGCUAUUAACCUCUAUAAAAACACCCCAGAAAAAGUGAUGCCUCAAGCUCUAGUCCUCUCCUUUGCGAUCAGGAUGCUCUGCAUGAUUGAACAAGUGCAUGACUGUGAAAUUAUUCAUGGAGACAUUAAGCCAGACAAUUUCAUACUUGGGAGCAGAUUUUUGGAACAGGAUGGUGAAGAUGAUGAUAUAUCUGCUGGCUUGGCACUGAUUGACCUGGGUCAGAGUAUAGAUAUGAAACUUUUUCCCAAAGGAACUACAUUUACAGGAAAGUGUGAAACAUCUGGUUUUCAGUGUAUUGAGAUGCUCAGUAACAAACCAUGGAACUACCAGAUUGAUUACUUUGGAGUUGCUGCAACAGUGUACUGCAUGCUUUUUGGCACUUACAUGAAAGUGAAAAAUGAAGGAGGAGUCUGGAAGCCUGAAGGGCUUUUUAGGAGGCUUCCUCAUCUGGACAUGUGGAGUGAAUUUUUUCACAUCAUGUUGAACAUACCAGAUUGUCAUCAUCUUCCAUCUUUGGAUUUGUUAAAGCAAAAUCUGAAGAAAACAUUUCAACAACACUAUUCAAGCAAGAUUAAGACCCUACGUAAUAGGCUGAUUGUACUGCUCUUAGAAUAUAAGCGUUCUAGAAAAUAAAAUAUGGAUAUUCGCUAAAAGUCACUUUGUAAAUGCUGGCCUGUGCACUCUGACCCUUGUUGUUUUCCACAUUCAUUGUUUAUAUGUUAAAUGUUUCUUAAUAAAGUCCAUAAAAUAUA